GAGUGCAGCCUGGCCUAGCACCUCCUGCCAGCAUCUCUGAGCUUGUUGAGAACUCACAGGCACUGGCUACCUGGCCAUGACCACCACAUUUCUGCAAACUUCUUCCUCCACCUUUGGGGGUGGCUCUAUCCGAGGGGGUUCCCUCCUGGCUGGGGGAGGUGGCUUUGGUGGGGGGAGUCUCUAUGGGAGAGGUGGAAGCCGAAGCAUCUCAGCUUCUUCUGCUAGGUUUGUCUCUUCAGGGUCUGGAGUGGGAUAUGGGGGCGGCAUGAGCUGUGGCUUUGACGGAGGGGCUGGUAGUGGCUUCGGUGGAGGCUUUGGAGGUGGUGUUGGUGGGGGUUUUGGUGGUGGCUUUGGUGGUGGAGAUGGUGGCCUCCUCUCUGGCAAUGAGAAGAUCACCAUGCAGAACCUCAAUGACCGCCUGGCCUCCUACCUGGACAAGGUGCGUGCCCUGGAGGAGGCCAACGCCGACCUGGAGGUGAAGAUCCGGGACUGGUACCAGAGGCAGGCCCCGACCAGCCCGGAACGUGACUACAGCCAAUACUUCAAGACCAUUGAAGAGCUGCGGGACAAGAUCAUGGCCACCACCAUCGACAACUCCCGGGUCAUCCUAGAAAUCGACAACGCCAGGCUGGCUGCGGACGACUUCAGGCUCAAGUGCGCUCCCGCCUCCCUCAAUGCUUCCUGCCUUGCCCACUUCACUUGGCCUUCUCCUGGCUCGGACUCAGGCAGCCCAGGACCCCUGCCACUUCCUUUUUUGGCCUCCCUCUCUCCUCUCAGGUAUGAGAAUGAGCUGGCCCUGCGCCAGGGUGUGGAGGCUGACAUCAACGGCCUGCGCCGGGUGCUGGAUGAGCUGACCCUGGCCAGGACUGACCUGGAGAUGCAGAUCGAGGGCCUGAAUGAGGAGCUGGCCUACCUGAAGAAGAACCACGAGGAGGAGAUGAAGGAGUUUAGCAGCCAGCUGGCCGGCCAGGUCAACGUGGAGAUGGACGCGGCGCCAGGCGUGGACCUGACCCGCGUGCUGGCGGAGAUGCGGGAGCAGUAUGAGGCCAUGGCGGAGAAGAACCGCCGGGAUGCUGAGGCCUGGUUCUUCAGCAAGACUGAGGAGCUGAACAAAGAGAUGGUUUCCAACACAGAGAUGAUCCAGACCAGCAAGACGGAGAUCACAGACCUGAGACGCACGAUGCAGGGGCUGGAGAUCGAGCUGCAGUCCCAGCUCAGCAUGAAAGCCGGGCUGGAGAACUCUCUGGCCGAGACAGAGUGCCGCUAUGCCACGCAGCUGCAGCAGAUCCAGGGGCUCAUCAGCGGCCUGGAGGCACAGCUGAGCGAGCUCCGAUGUGAGAUGGAGGCUCAGAACCAGGAGUACAAGAUGCUGCUGGACAUCAAGACGCGGCUGGAGCAGGAGAUCGCCACCUACCGCAGCCUGCUGGAGGGCCAGGACGCCAAGAUGGCUGGCAUUGGCAUCAGGGAAGCCUCUUUGGGAGGUGGCGGUGGCAGCAGCAACUUCCACAUCAACAUAGAGGAGUCAGUGGAUGGAAAGGUGGUUUCUUCCCGCAAGAGAGAAAUCUAAGUGCCCGUCGCAGGAGAAACGUCCCUCGCCACCCCCCACUCUCAUCAGGCCAAGAGGGGGACUGGCCAGAGGGGCUGCACACGCAAACCCCGGUCCCUCAGCCUCUUAUUUCAGGGCUUUGCAUGCGCUCUGUUCCCCCUCUACCUCUCCCUGACUUCCUCAGAGCAAGGAGGUGCAAGAAGCAGCUGUAUUGUGUAAUGAGCUCAUUUGUACGGUGUCUGUUCCUGCAAUAAAGAAUUACUUUUCCUUUUGCAAAUAUA